AUGGCUGAAUUGUUUGUUCCAAAGAUAAUUGAUCAACUGAGUGAUGUUCUCGUGAAGCAGUUUGGGGAGAGGGUCAACCUGGUGAUGGGGGUUGAAAAGGAGGUGGCAUAUAUCAAAACCAAGUUAGAAACGAUUCAAAAUGUGCUGCAUGAUGCAGAGAGACGAAGGCUGAAGGACAGAGGCGUUGGAAUUUGGCUAGAAAAGCUUGAGGACAUAACAUUUGAGAUGGAUGACGUGCUGGACGAAUGGAACUUCAAGAUUCACAGAGCAAAGAACGAGGGAACUCAACAGAAUGCCAGAUUGCAGGCAACAUUGUGGAGCAAGGUUCGUUCCUUCAUCCCAUCCCUUUGUUCUUGUCUUAAACAAGUUCCUGUUCGUAGUGAUAUUGCUUUGAAAAUAAAAGGCAUAAAUGAAAAGUUAGACUUGACUUUGAAAGAGGCAGAUCAAUUCAAAUUUAUUUCAACUGUGGCGAUUCCUGAUUCUCAAGAUUUGAAGCGAAUUAUGACUACCUCAAUCAUAGACGAAUCAAAGAUCUAUGGUCGAGAAUCUGAUAAGGAUGCUUUACUUGACCAAGUUUUGUCUAAGAGUAGUAGUCAAGGAAGAAAGGGGGUUCAAGUUAUCUCUGUAGUAGGGGCCGGGGGUAGUGGAAAGACCACACUUGCCCAGCUACUUUUCAAUAACGAUAAAGUAAAGAACCACUUUGAACUUAGAAAUUGGAUUUGCGUAUCAGAUCCUUUUGACCAGAAAAGGAUUGCAAAAGCUAUCCUUGAGAAUGCUGGUUCUCAAGAAUCAGAGUUGGAUCCAUUGAUCCAACGUAUAAAAGAAACUUUUUCUGGUAAGAGAUUCCUGCUUGUCCUAGAUGAUGUCUGGACAGAGGAUGACCCAAAGUGGGAACCUUUCCAAAACUCUCUCAAGGAUGGGGCUCCUGGAAGUGUAAUCUUGGUGACAACAAGGAGUCAUAGAGUGGCCGCAGUGGUGGGAACAACUCAUACUCACCAGAUGGCCCUGAUGUCCGACUCUGAUUGUUGGCUAAUAAUGCAAAGGAUAGCAUUUGCCAACAAAUCAGGGGACUUGUGCAAGAAGGUGGAAAGAAUUGGGCAGAAAAUUGCAGAAAAGUGCAAAGGGUUGCCACUUGCUGCAAAGACUAUGGGAAGCUUGUUACGGUUCAAAGAUACCGUACAACAAUGGCAGAAUGUUUUGGACAGUGAGAUAUGGCAAUUGAAGGAAGCAGCCGUGGAACUUUUCCCUCAUUUGUACUUAAGUUACAAUGAAUUACCCCCAGAGCUGAAACGUUGCUUCUCAUAUUGUGCUGUCUUUCCCAAAGAUUUUGAGAUAAAUGUAGAAGAGCUUAUUAGGCUGUGGAUAGCACAAGGUUAUGUUCGCCCAAGACGAAGAGGUGAGAGCUUGGAGCUGGUGGGCCAUGAGUACUUCAACAAUUUGGCAAUGCGUUCCUUUUUUCAAGAAUUACAAGAAGUUGAGGGGUACUAUGGGUUUCAUGAAUAUAUGAAGUGCAAGAUGCAUGACAUAGUGCAUGAUUUUGCACAAUUUCUCACAAAAAAUGAAUGUCAUGCACUUGAUGGAACGGGAAGAAAUUCAUCUAGUGAAAGACCAUGUCAUCUAACAAUUUUGGAAAAAGGCACUGAGGAGGAGAUGUUUAGUUCUCGAGUCGUUGAUUUUGGACGGCUCAGGAGCUUUUUAACUUUUCCUAUAAUUGGAAGAGUAGUAGUUCCCCAAAAUCUGUUUUGCAUUUUGAAGUGCGUGAGGACUCUGACUUUAAGCAAUUGUGGGCUAGCUGAAAUCCCAGCCGAGAUCGGAAGGUUGAUUCAUCUUCGGCACUUGGACUUGAGUGAUAAUCUUUUCAUUACACUGCCAGAAGCUAUAUGUGAUCUAUAUUAUCUGGAAACUCUGGAUAUCAAUUGUUGUGAAAAGCUUUCGUGCCUUCCUGGAAGGAUUGAAGGCCUUGUACACUUAAGGCACCUUUUCAAUAAGAUGACCGUUGAUUUACGUCAAAUUCCACAAGGACUCACGAAGCUGACGUCACUUUGUACUUUGGCUAGGUUCAUCGUCAGGAGCAACUCUGAUGAUUUGGCAAUUCUGAAGGACCUGAACCAACUGGAAAGAUUGGCCAUUGUAAUUGAAGGAGAAGUAGAUUUUGGGAGUGCAAAACUUGGCAAAAAAAUCAACAUGCGUGAAAUGUUUUUGUUAUUUAGCGAUAGGACCCACUUUAUAGAAACUCCAAGUUGCAUUGAAACCAUGCAACCACCUCCAAACUUGGAACUACUUGUGCUAGAUGGCUAUCCUGGAGCCCAGUUACCAAGUUGGCUUGUGACGAAGUCUCACGCCAAUAACUUGACGAAGCUCAGUAUUGCUAUGCCCCACAACAUCUCAUCCUUUCUUGCCUUGCGGAAGCUAUCAUCCCUAGAAGAGCUUGUGCUCAUGGAAGUGGAUGAGCUAAAAUGUUUGGGUAAGGAAUUCUUCGGAAUUACAAAAGCACUACAUGAGAAUAAUCGUGAUGCCGUUGAUACAUUGUCAAACUCCGAGUCAUCAUUCUCAGACGAAGCAAUGGCAUUUCCAAAUUUGAGAAAAUUACAUUUUUAUGCCUUUUACAAUUGGACAAAUUGGGAAGACUUAAGUGAAGAUGAUGAAGAAGUUGCUAUCUCUAUCAUGCCACGUUUGGAGGAGCUAGAAAUUAGUCAAUGUUACAAGCUUGAAGCUCUGCCACAUCGCAUCCUCAGCAAGAUAUCAUCUCUCAAAAAUUUGGAUAUUCGACUUUGCGACAAGUUGAGGGAUCGUUACUCUGACAAAACAGGAAAUGACUGGAUAAAGAUAUCACACAUUCCUCGAGUUCACAUAUCCAAUUAGUAUUAAUCUACUCAGAUAAUGCUCAUUGAUGGCUCAAAGUGAAGCUACAGCAGAAGGCAUUGAUGGAUCAACCUCUACGUCAACUUUUCACUUGGGUUAAUGUAAAAUUUCAAAUAAUUGUAAAUAUGGUUGAAGAGGCACAUCCACUUGCUUUGUUCAAAUCAUUUGUUGAAACCGUAUAUAGCCUUACAAAUUUCCAGAUUGAAUUUCAAGUGGUUACACAACCAGUCUUUAUUUCUUCAAAUUAUUAUUGUCCUAUUGUAUGUAAGUUUGUGUAGAUUUAACAA